ACCCAGUGGAUUUUCCCCCGACACUACCUCUAGCCAAACAGAGCACGUUUAGCACGGUCUGACGUGAGGCAAGAUCGUCUUGUCGGAUUGACUCCCAAACUCCGUUCGGCCAUGAUUGUUCUCAAUUUUGUACCUAGACCUGGUUCUAAGCAUUGGCGUCUACUGGUAAGGCGCAGGGGUAACAAGGGCAUCCCGUGGAGACCCAAAAAAGACUGUGCCGCAAAACAUGCCACCCCAGACUGGACCCUCAGUGCAAUCGAAAUUGGGAAAAGUAGAGCCAGCUAGCCGGUCGACGCCACGGUCGGUAACAAGUAAGGCUGAGUUCGUGCAGCUUGCAUUUUUAUUUUUAUUUUGGAUUCCUCGUCUUCAUUCCAAGCACAGUUUACCCCGUAUCCCUCAGCCGCAGUGUCGUAGCAAUCCUUUAAUUUCUUGAUUGUUCCCCCUCCAAAAAAUCACAGUGUAUUGCGGUCUCUAGUUGCUUCCAAAACAUCCUCGACAACUCCUUGCCCAAACGAGACCAACAAAGCAAGCAAGCAAACAAACAAACAAAAAAAAAAAAAAAAAAAAAAAAAAAAAAAGCCAAUAGCCAUAAUGUCUGCCCAACCUCAACAAGACCAGAUUCACCAGGCUCCCGCCCAACCCCAAGCCGCAUACCAGACGAAAGCCGAGCAGAUUCAACAGGGCCAGCAGCAACAACAAUAUGGCCCUGCAGCACAGCACCAUCACCAGCACGUCGGCGCCACGCCCCUCCAGGCACUAGGACCAGCACCCGCCGUGAUCGACUGCCCCUUCUGCCAACAGCGGGUGAUGACGCGCGUCAACGAGGAGCACUCCAGCAUGACAUACCUCCUAGGUGUACUCAUCGGCUGCAUCUGCAUCUGCGCCGCCUGCGUCCCCUGCCUGGCGGGAAUGUGCCAGGACGUGACGCACUUUUGCACAAACUGCAACCAGCGCGUCGCACACAUCCCCUAUAGCGGCGGGGUUCAGGUCAUCCAGCCCCAGCCGCACCAGGGCGCCAACGGCCAGUACAACAUGGGCCCCCAGGCCGUUUACGGCAGCGAGAACUCCAAGGGAGCCGGUGGCGCCCCAGUCGCCCAGCAGCAGCAGGCCGCUCCGGUCCAGCAGAACCAGACACAGCAGCAGCCCGCGCAACAACAAGGGCAAGAUCACAUCCAACCGGCACCGCAGCCGGAUGUGCAGCCGCCUCAGUAUUCCAAGAACUGAUGGGUUCGUUUCCGGUUCUUGCACUGCUGUUGCUUGAUUAUUUGUUAUGUGUCAUCUGCUUCCCUUUCAUACCCCUCGUUUCCAUCAAGGCUGCUAGCCCUUUUUUUUCUCUUUGCAUAACAACAAUACCCUCAUGUCUUUAUUCUUCUUUUUAUUUUGACUUGUUUAAAUUUUGAUUUUAUAAUACCUCGUCGUCUUUUCACGACAGCUUAAGUAGGAAGCAAAUUCCAACACGAAAAAACAUUGGAGAGAAAUCUUUUGGAAAAAAAAAAAAGGAAAAAAAAAAAAAAAAAGGAUGAUGUUCAUGUUUUCUACAUAGCUACCUACAUAACUAGUCUAAUAAAAAUAGACACAUCAAACUGAAAUUGAUCAAA